UUGUAAACACAAUUAAUUUUCUCGUCGAGCAAAUUUCAUAAAAUGGCAUUACUUUUUGCUAUCUUUAAAAGAAUUUUUUUGGUUGGAAGUGCUGUCUUUAUUGGUGUAUAUUUAAAUUUUCCACCACCAAAUAUGUCACAUAAUCUUCGACUUUGGAUGCAAAGUGGCCAGUUUUUCUUGCACGCUGUAAAUGGAAAAGCUGUCAAAAUAUUUUAUAAAGAUGUCUCAGGCUAUGGACAUAAAAACAAAAUACUUCUUCUCAUACAUGGUUUUCCAACCAGUAGCUUUGAUUGGAAUAAGGUAUGGGAACCUUUGCGUGAAAAAUUUGGUCGUGUGUUAACUGCAGAUAUGGCAGGUUUUGGAUUCAGUGAUAAACCAAAAGACAUCAACUACACUGUUAAUUUGCAAGCUGACAUGUUUGAAAACUUUCUUAAAUCCAAUGAUGUGAAAGAGGUGAACAUUAUUGCUCAUGACCUUGGACUUACUGUGGCACUAGAGCUGCUAGCAAGAUACGAGGACAGAAGGAAGAAAAAAUCAACACAGGAAGGUGUUGAUAUCUUGAGCAUCUGUUUAACAAAUGGAGGAUUAUUCCCUCAAAAUUAUUUUCCAAGACCUAUUCAACAGUUAUUGUUAUUACCAUGGAUUGGGCCUCUUGUUACUCGUGUAGGGAAUCGAUUUAUUUUCGCAAAAAGUUUUUCGGAAGUAUUUGGUCCAAAAACUCAACCACAACAAGAGGAGUUAAACGACCAUUUUAUCGGCAUCAGAUAUGCAGAUGGUAACCUUUUACAUCCAAAUAUUCUUGGGUAUAUUCGUGAGCGACAGGUGUACAAGGAGAGAUGGGUCGGAAGCCUACAGAAAACUUUCCUACCAAUUCAUUUCAUUUAUGGUCCUGCAGAUCCUGUUAACCCUCCCAUAUUUGUUACCACAUUCAAGAAAAUAGUUCCACAACAUGGUAUAACCGUUUUGGAUGCGCAUAUUGGUCAUUAUCCACAACUCGAAGAUCCAGAAAACUUUAUGUUAACGUACAAUAGGUUCUUAAAUUCGUUUUAGCAACUGCUGAAAACUUGAAAAUUCGUCGUGGGUUGCAGGGGAUCCUACUGGAUCAACUAUUAUGUUUAUAGUGCGUAAUGGGUUGCAUGGGAUCCUACAGGAUCAACUAUUAUGUUUAUAGUGCGUAAUUUUACCAACAAAUAGCAACUAGACCGUCUUCAAUCUCCAUGAUGAACCAAAGUGUGUUAGGCUUUUAGCACAGAAUAAGGAAUAUACAGAAAAAGCAAUUCGCUGGGGGAAUUUGGCAGCUUUAUUAAUUAAAUUACUUGCUGUGGUUAGUCUCGCACAUCUCAGUGUUCCUAUGGUAGGAAAAUACAAUUUACUGGCUACUAUCAUGGUAAUCACAAAUGUAAUAAGAUACGCUUGAAUAUGAAAAUGUGCGUAUCUACUGUAUAUUUAUUCUUUUUGGCUUCUACCUUUGACAUUUAGAAGGUAAUAGAACUAACUCUAGGACCACGAUGAUCUUUGACGGUGCUACACGUCGAAUCUACUUACGCCAUACGUCCGUAUCUAGCCUUGCUUUACACAUGUACAAUGUAGAUAGAUAAAUUUUUAUAAAUAGAUAAUGGUAGUUUUCUUUAAAAUUUAAAAAUUAAUUAUCGCAAAGCAAACAAAUCAAUACAAAUCGACAUUAUUAAUUUGAAAUGUACGUUUGAAAUAUAUUACAUCAAGCUAAAA